AUGGUCGAUUUGAACGGUAUUUCUCCCAAGAACAAAGGCUAUUAUGUUGCAUUGGGUCUCGAGGGCUCUGCUAACAAGCUAGGUGUUGGUGUCAUCAAGCAGUUCGUCGAUGGCUCUCCCACUGAAAUAGUGUCUAACAUCAGAGACACAUACAUCACGCCGCCAGGAGAAGGGUUCUUGCCCCGUGACACCGCUAGACACCACAAGAACUGGUGCGUGCGGUUAGUGAAGAGGGCGCUGGCAGAGGCAGGUGUCACUCCCGGACAACUGGAUGCUAUAUGCUUCACUAAAGGCCCAGGUAUGGGUGCACCGCUGCACUCCGUGGUUAUCGUGGCCAGGACCGUGUCCUUGCUGUGGGAUGUGCCAUUGGUGCCAGUAAACCAUUGUAUCGGGCACAUAGAGAUGGGUAGAGAGAUCACAGGCGCCCAGAACCCGGUGGUGUUAUACGUGAGUGGUGGUAAUACUCAGGUUAUUGCGUACAGUAAUCAGAAAUACAGAAUAUUUGGUGAAACCUUGGAUAUCGCCAUAGGAAACUGUUUGGAUAGGUUUGCCCGUACCUUGAAGAUACCGAAUGACCCAUCCCCAGGUUACAACAUAGAACAAAUGGCUCUCAAGUGUAAGAAUAAAGAAAGAUUGGUGGAACUUCCGUACACUGUGAAAGGUAUGGAUUUGUCACUAAGUGGUAUACUGGCAUACAUUGAUUCUUUAGCCAAGGAUCUGUUUAGGAAAAACUAUAGCAACAAACUCCUGUUUGACAAGAAAACCCAUGAACAGCUAGUCACGGUUGAGGACCUUUGCUACGCGCUGCAGGAAACGUUGUUCUCGAUGCUAGUCGAAAUUACAGAACGUGCAAUGGCCCACGUCAAUUCUGCACAUGUAUUGAUAGUAGGUGGUGUUGGUUGUAACUUGAGAUUACAAGAGAUGAUGGAGCAGAUGUGCAUGGAUAGAGCCAACGGUCAUGUAUACGCAACGGACGAGAGAUUCUGUAUAGACAAUGGUGUCAUGAUUGCUCAGGCAGGUUUGUUGCAGUAUAGAAUGGGAGACUACGUUAAGGACUUCAAAGAAACUGUUGUAACACAAAAGUUCAGAACUGAUGAAGUCUUGGUAUCUUGGAGGGACUAG